AUGAGAUGGUCCUGCUCGGGCUGCUCUAAAACAUUCGAAAGGGAGAGGGACCUUGGGCAGCACCUAACGAAGACAAAAGCUAAGUCUUCUUCUCCGCCUGCAAAUGGCGCCCCAGGACCCUCUCACACGGUCCCGAACGAGAGCGAGGAUGAACCACCUCCUGUUCCGUUUGAAGGAGACUUCUAUGGCGACGACUAUAACGCGCAGGACUUCCCGGGAUUUGGCGAUGACGAUGCCAAUGAAGACAGUGAGGAGGAGGACGAUGCGGAUGAAGAGGAAGCUGUAGGACUCGACGCCCUUGCCGGCGAGGAUAUCCAUCUCGAGCAACCGGACCCUGUCGAUCACGCUCAGCCACCCUUGCCAGAACGCGUCUCCCCUGUACCCUCCGCCGUAGAUCCCGACGUGAUCAUGGGCGAUCCUCCACACAAUGAGGGCGGCAGAGAUGCAGAGGAUCAUCAUCGAGCACCCGCACCUGGCGGUGUCGAAGCUGCAGCGCACGAUCGCCUCCGUUCCAAAUCGGUUCACGUCGAUCACUUUGGCGGCCAAGCCGGUGCUCCUCUCCCAUCUCAGACAUCACCCGCCUCCGCCUCAGGCUAUCGUGCCUACGGCAGCAAUGUAGGCGGGAGCAGCGACAACCCGUAUGCGCCAUUUCGGUCUGAACUGGACUGGAGGGUUGCUGAGUGGGCAAAGAGGCGUGCCCCUACAUCUAAUGCAUUCUCAGAAUUGCUUGCGAUCAAAGGGCUCAUCGAAGCCCUGGGGUUAUCCUAUAAGAAUGCGAAAGAGCUCAAUAACGUCAUCGACGCAAAACUACCUCAUCACCGUCCUGCCUUCACACGCCUCGAGGCCGAGGUCAUGGGGGAGAAGUUUGAGAUGUACAGUGCGCGUAACGUCCUCGGAUGCAUCAUCUCUCUGUAUAGCGACCCGGAGCAUGCACGCUACCUCUGUUUGGCCCCAGAACGACACUAUGCGGAUGGCGACAAGACGAUACGGCUCUACCAUGACCUCCAUACCGGACAGUGGUGGUGGUCUGUACAGAGGCAGCUAGAGGCCGACAAGGCAGGCGCGACCGUCAUCCCCGUGAUCAUCUCCUCGGACAAGACACAGGUCACGCUAUUCCGCAACAAAUCGGCCUAUCCAGUCUACCUGACGAUUGGCAACCUCCCCAAAACCAUCCUAUCGAAGCCUCGACGGCAGGGCCAGAUCUUGCUUGCGUACCUCCCCACAAACUGCACGCCGUGGCGCUCUCAACACUUCCACCCAUGCAUGAGGUACUUACUUGCACCCCUGCAGUCUGCGGGUCUCGAUGGUAUCCUCAUCGCCAGUGGCGAUGGUCUCGUGCGUCGAUGUCACCCAAUCCUGGCGGUGUACGUCGGCGACUACCCUGAGCAGUGCCUUGUCAGCCGCAUGUACUCUGGCGACUGCCCGGUCUGUGAAUCUCCGCACUCCUCCCUUGGCGACAACCCUUCCGAGCCCAUCGCGGAAGGCUGCGAAAUUGCCACACCGGAUCGGUUCGCUGAAGCAUGCGCUGCGGAGAGGAUCAAGCCUGUACAGCAUCCCUUCUGGGAAGAUCUUCCAAACAUCGACAUAUUCCAAUCAAUCGCAUCCGACGUCCUCCAUCAGCUGUACCAAGGUGUCUUCAAACAUCUGCUCGACGCACGCGUUGCCCGCCUUCCACCAAACCAUGGGAUUCGGAUCUUCUACAAAGGUAUCAGCUCUCUCUCGCGGGUCAGCGGUGCCGAGCAUCGUCAAAUCAGUCGCUUCCUACUGGGUGUCAUCAUCGACAUGAAUCUGCCUGGUGGACGCGACGCGAGUGCACAGCUCGUACGUGCGACACGUGCUCUCCUGGACUUCCUCUUCAUGGUGCAGUACCCGAUUCAUUCGGCCGAGACUCUGGAUGCCCUCGACAGUGCGCUCUCCGCGUUCCACGACGACAAGGAUAUCUUUAUCACUCUUGGUGUCCGCACAGGCUUCAACAUCCCCAAGCUCCACUCGCUACAGCGCUACGUCCGAUGCAUCAAGCUCUUCGGAACCACGGACAAGUACAACACCGAGACGUCAGAGCGCCUGCACAUCGACUUCACGAAGGAUGCGUACCGUGCUACAAACCACAAAGACGAGUAUCCACAAAUGACGAGGUGGCUGGAACGCCGUGAGAAGAUCGCCCAUCACUCCAACUACGUUCUUUGGCGCAUACAACAGGUCGCUGUUGGUCCGCGACCUCUCAACGCUCACCACGGCAUUCGCUGGCAUGCCCCGGACAUGACACACGCGCUCGACAUCAAGAUGACUCGGCAUCCGUCUCGGAGGGCCGUCCCACUGGCCGAGGUCAUCUCUCUAUCUCACUACGGUGCCCGUUUCUUCACACCUGCCCUGACACGCUUCAUCGUACAGUGGCGGCACCCCGAAUGGACUUCCCGGCAGGUUGAAUACCACGCAGACGACUUCAUUCUACCUUUCGAGCGCCUCCCUGUAUUCCACCGCAUCAAGUUUUGGAAUGAGGCCAUCUAUGGGAAGGAAACCGUCGACUCUGUGCAUGUUCAUCCACGCCAGACUCACGAUGGAGCGUCUCGUGAGAUUGUCACUCCUGCACGUUUCGACACCGUCCUCGUACGCGUGCGCGGUGUUCCCGAAGAGGGCUCACAAACGCGAACUUGGACUCACGGUUGUAGUCUGAAUGAUGUACGUGUUGCCCAAGUGCGGCUCGUCUUCUCGCUCCCUGAUGCGAUCCUUGACUAUCUUUUCCCGGUUGCUGCUGGUGUUCAACGGCCUCCUCGCCAUCUGGCGUAUGUCGAGUGGUUCUCGAAGUUCUCUGCGACGCCCGAUCCGAACUCUAGGAUGUACAGGGUGGUUCGGACGAUCCAAGGCGGCGAACGUGUGGCCUCAGUCCCCCCCGUGGGUCUCAUAGAGCGGAGCGCCCACUUGAUCCCCAAGUGGACUCACAAUGUUCCUCGAAACUGGACAUGCGAGAACGUGCUCGAGCAGUGUGGGACGUUCUAUGUCAAUCCGUUCCAGGAUGGGCAUAUUUACUUCAACCUAUAUUAG